GUUCAUGAGCAGUAGGCUAUGACGUUGCUCUGCAAGUCAGUCCAACUGCUUAGCUGUUUUGAUCAGUCUACUGUUAGAAAGCAAGAAAAAUGGGAAAUCUCUCAUGGUGCUUCUGAUCAGUAAAUAGCUCGUAAUGCAAUGCGCGCUGUCGUUAACGGUUGAAAUGUCAAAAGCGUUGCGUUAUUAAGGAUUGCGAGUGAAAUUGGCAGCUGCGAGUACUUCUGCGCUCAGCUGUCAGACUGAAACUACUGGAUGCACGUCAAGAGUAAAUAACAGUCCCAACAUUGUGGGUAGAGUGAGGAAGAAAUACUUAUUGUGUAGUUGUCCAGUGCAUUUCUAAACCUUUGCGGGAAUCUUGCUAUACAGCAGUCUACAACAGUCACCAAAGAAAACUGGAUGUCGUAGUACAGAGGCCUGCUGGGUGCAUCAAUGAUCCAUUCAUGGAGACCAAAAGAUACCAAAGUUUCUUCGAAGGAAGCAACCCAGAGAACAGAUGGGCUCAGGUGCCGAGUACCAUGGAGCGUUGCUGCAGUGCAGAGGGGGGCUGUCUGAGCAGCAGCAGUGACGUCCUCAUGGACAUUGUGAACGUCAACUGCUCUGCUUCCUCCAAUGCUGCCACUGCCUCUGCUGCUGCCUGCAAGGAGAACAGCAUAAAGCGAGCAGAGCCAGACCGGCAGCCUAUGCCCUGCGUCUCCCAGAAUCAGAACCAGAAUCAAACUUUUUCUUUCCCCGCUUUUGGCAAUAGCAGCAGCAACGCCCUCCAGGGCCUCAAGUCAGACAAUGACUCGAAAGAGCUCUCCAAGACUGUGGCUGAGUCUAUGGGCCUUUACAUGAACACCGCCAGAGAGUCCGACUUUGGGUUCAGUGCUCAGCAGGGUGCCCAGGGUGGCCAGUGCAGCCCUGGGAAACUGUACCCAUCCUCUGGGCGAGAAGUGCUCGAGGACACACAGGCCAGCUCCUCUGGGAGCCCAAAAGUGAAAGGUCCCCCUCCAGCAGCAUUUGCAGCAGGGUCUCACAUCGCUACGUCUACUCAAGUGGAAGCAAGCACAGGGGUGUCCUCAGCCCUAGCAAAUGCUCUCUCCUCCAGCUCCCUUGUCCCAUCCUCUACAAUGUCCAGUCCAACAGAAAACAGCAUGGUGACCUCCACCACCAGCCCGACCUACUUUGGCGCUGGCUGCUCAUCCACUGGGAGUCCGGUCAACUCCACUGCUAUGACUAGUGUUCCAAGCUUGGGUGCCCACGUCCAUCGCAGGAGCUCAACCACCUGUAGCCCUGUUGAGACAGGCACAGUUGGAUCACCCCUGGGAAGCCCUUUGAAUGUGAUGAGAUCGCCCCUGUCAAGCCCCCAGAGCAUGGGGAGCGUUCGCUCGCCACCUUCUUGCAGUGCCAAUAUGAGGUCAUCUGUCUCCAGCCCCACAGGAAGCUCUUGCACUGUGAGACCGAGCAUGUCAAGUCCACCUACAGGGGUGACCAUGUCUUUGGCAAGCCCCAGAAAUGCCCCCUCGUCUGCGUUCCCGGUCUCGAGCCCAUCUAGUGGUCUCGGCUUGGUGCAGAGUGACACUCAUAGUCCAGAAGGACAAGAAACCAGUCAUUUUAAAGUCUUUGAAUUCCCUAAAGUGGAGCGUAUAGACGGUGAGAUGUACAGCGUAGGCUUGGACCAGAUGGGAAUGGUGAAGUACAUCAAAAAUGAACCUGAUCCAGACUUCAGUCCGUGUCUUGCCACUGGUGGGAAUAAAAGUGGCAGCGUUUCAUCUCCCCCGUUUGUGGCGCACAUCAAGAGUGAGCCCAACAAGGAUGACGUCUGCUUAAAUCAACAUUAUGGAGAGUCGCAUCAGCACCCCCUGAGCCUCUUUCCCACCUCAGAGACCACGUACUUAUCCUUGAGGGAUAAUAUUGAUGAGUAUAGCCUCUCUGGCAUUUUGGGACCACCCAUCUCCUCUCUAAAUGGCAACUAUGAGCCGAGUGUGUUCCCCAACCACAGCAGUCUGGUGAAGGGUAUCAAGCAGGAAGCCAGCAAUGGCAGCUACUACCCUGAGAGCAGUAGCAAUGGGCCCACGUCAGCCAUUGUUGGUGUUAACUCAGGAGGACACUCCUUUCACUACCAGAUCGGAGCACAAGGAAAAAUGUCGUUUGCACGGCAUGACAUUCGGGACCAGACAAACCCACUAAUGAAUCUGAUCUCCCCGGUCACAGCUUUGAUGGAAUCAUGGAAAUCACGGCCGGGAAUGCCACAGGGGGGAUUUUCUGCAAGAGGGGAGGGUUAUCCAGGCCAAAGCUGCAUACCUGACGUGUCCAGCUCAUCAUUAAGACAUCCGUCCUCAACAGCCAAGGUGUGCUUGGUAUGUGGUGAUGAAGCUUCUGGUUGCCAUUAUGGUGUGGUCACCUGUGGCAGCUGCAAAGUAUUCUUCAAAAGAGCAGUGGAAGGCCAGCACAACUACCUAUGUGCUGGGAGGAAUGACUGCAUCAUUGACAAGAUCAGGCGAAAAAAUUGUCCAGCAUGCCGGGUACGGAAGUGUUUGCAGGCGGGAAUGAACCUUGGAGCACGAAAGUCCAAGAAGCUGGGAAAGGUGAAGUGUGUGAAUGAAGAUUCAACGUUGCAGAACUCUAAGGAUAGUGGCAAUUACGUGUCCUCUGAGAAGGAGCUCAGUGUUGCGACUGAUCUGGUUCCUCAUGGACCUACUGUAGCUGCCUACCUGCCCCCUUCAGUCUGCAGUGUGCUGGAGCUCAUUGAACCUGAAGAGGUCUAUGCCGGAUAUGACAACACACAGCCCGACACCUCUGACCACCUGCUCACCAGCCUCAAUCGUCUAGCUGGCAAACAGAUGGUCUGCAUGGUCAAGUGGGCCAAAGUAUUACCAGGGUUCCGUGCUCUGCCGAUUGAGGACCAAAUCACUCUGAUCCAGUACUCAUGGAUGUGUCUGUCCUCCUUUGCCCUCAGUUGGAGAUCGUACAAACACACAAAUGCGCAGAUGCUCUUCUUUGCCCCAGACCUCGUCUUCAAUGAGGAACGCAUGCAGCAGUCAGCCAUGUAUGAUCUGUGUGUAGGCAUGAGGCAGGUGAGCCAGGAGUUUGUGCGACUACAACUCACCUAUGAUGAAUUCCUCUCCAUGAAGGUGUUACUGCUUCUAAGUACAGUUCCCAAAGAUGGCCUGAAGAACCAGGCUGCCUUUGAGGAAAUGAGAGUGAACUACAUCAAGGAGAUGAGGCGAGCUGUAGGCAAGGCCACCAACAACUCAGGCCAGACAUGGCAGCGGUUCUUUCAACUGACCAAGCUUCUGGAUGCUAUGCAUGAUCUUGUGGGGAGUCUGCUGGACUUCUGCUUCUACACGUUCCGGGAGUCUCAUCUUCUAAAGGUGGAGUUUCCGGAGAUGCUGGUGGAGAUAAUCAGUGAUCAGAUACCAAAGGUGGAGUCGGGCCUCACACAAACACUCUUCUUUCACAAGAAGUAACACACAGAAACCAGCAUUUCUGGCUGUGACAGCAACGGGCAGAGGACAUUGAAAAAAGAGAGUCUGGAAGCCACCACCAUGUGUUGGAGAUGCAAACAGAAGAAUACUGGGAGCUGUAACAGAGAAAGCGUGCUUUUUACCAGUCACAGACCGAGAGAGAGAGAGAGAGAGAGAGAGAGAGAGAGAGAGAGAGAGAGAGAGAGAGAGAGAGAGAGAGAGAGAGAGAGAGAGAGAGAGAGAGAUGAGACAGGCUGGUGUCAAAAAUGACACAUUUUGAAUAAUGUGUAACUGAUUUUUUUUCAGAGCAGCAGUGGCAUGCUCCUCAUUGCCCCAAAGACAAUUAUGACAAUUGUUUCUAUGGAUAUAAAGCCAUGCAUUUUUUGGUAAAAUAGGGCAAAUUUAUUCAACACAUAUACACCUACAUACACACGCACUGCACACAACAGGCUUUGUGUUGACUCAGUUUGCAUUUUCAAUCAUUCCUUGUGAAGAUGAAAAAGUGGUUCAUCCAUAGAAAAGAGUAUGUGGCUUAUGCACACAAUAUAGUAAAUAUAACUUCAAAAUGUGGCAAUUUCAACACAAUUUCAACAUACUCCAAGGGCUAUGACAUUAAGAAAAACAGUGUCUAAUUGGUAUUUUUAAAUGCAAAAAGAACGUUCACUUUAAUGCCAAUCAUUAAAAACAAUUAAAACAUUGCAUUACAAUCAAGAACUACUUAUGCAAACAUUAGAAUUAAUAACGUGAAUUUAAGACUUUUUAUGAAUAAAAAAAUGUUUGGUAUGUGAAAGGGCGAAAUGAGUUGAACAUGUGUCUUUUUGAUACUAUCAAAUGAAGCUUAAUGAUGUGCAUAAGCACCAUAAAUAAUUUUGUAAGAUCAUAUGAAAAUAUACUGGCACUACAUCAGACAUAAAGCACUUAAGUCUUGGCAGUAGCAUAUAAAAAGACAUUCCAGACUACUGUAAGUUCAAUGAAAUCACCCCAUGAUUACUGCCAAAUGGCAAUUUACACUGAACAAAUUCUAAUAGCCACAAAAGGCUAAAUAGCCAUGCCUAGCAUUAGAAAAGACUGCUUUUCCAGUAGGUGUACAGAACCUGCAAUAUUUAUGCUAAGCUAGUGGAGUGCAAUGCCUUUAUGCUUGGCAAAUGUUUGUAAACCCUGCAACAUUUGCACAGGAUUUACCAGUAUACAGGCCUUUUUCAAAAAUCCCCUCCUACAUACUGGAUAAAAUAGUGUUUUCUAUUUGCGUGUAAGUUUUUUUUCCCUUAAAAAUGUAAUAAUAAACAAUGAAACCAGAAAAAGUCUAAAUGUUGUAAACUAUUUUAUAUUAAAGGUGCUUCUUUUCAUUAAAAAAAACAAGCAAAUUUAUCAUACUUUAUCAAUAGCUGCACAUGUACAGUACAGAUACACAAGUAAUACAACGCUAAACAAAUCAUAUACUUUCUUCAUACUGGAAAACAAAGCAUUUUUUCAAAGAGUUAGCACUUAAAACAACUUUAGCAGAGCUUUCUGCAUACAUCUGGUACACAAUAUUUGCUUAUGAAAAGUUUGUGGUUCCCAAAUGUUCUAAGGACAAGGUUUGGGUUUAUUUGAAAUGCGCCAAUUUUCUUAACAUCUCUGGGCCAAUUCUUGGUGAACACUGUCUAUCUUGAGGUGUGCAAUGUCCGAAGUCUAUAGGAAAGUCUGCAGGGUCUUUGCCUCAAGUGCAGUAGAAGGUGCAACAGAGUGAAAAUUGAUGUUCAACCUGAAUGUAUGUGUGUGUGUGUGUGUGUGUGUGUGUGUGUGUGUGUGU